CCUUGACGUAACGCUCCGAGCAAACAAACACACGUCGAGUCUCCUUGCCGCACGCACGCAGUCGACAUACACAUAGAGUCACGAGUGUGCACACAUCGACAGCUCGACGCACACGCGCCAUGACAGCUACCGCCCCUUACUACGGUCCCUCCGACCGACAUGCAUCACCAUCUGGUGCCUCUGCUCUACUCGUCCUCGCCGUCCUCGUUGUUGUUGUCCCCCUCAGCCAGCUCGGCCUUGAUGCGGCGGGUCGUGUCGGAGAGGCGCAGGCGGCCGAUGACGUUGGGGCCGUCAGGUGCUGCAGGGCGUGUGUGAUGCGGCCCUCCACCUCCUCCGACUCGUCCUCCCACUCCUCGUUGAUGGGGUUCUUGUUCUCAAAGCUAUGGGAAGAUAGACACACAGCAUCACCGCUGCAUGCAUGUGGUGUGUGUCUCCCUCGCUUCGCUGCUUACCUCUUGAGGAUGAUCCCGAGGUGAUGGGCCGUGAGGUCCCAUCCCUCGGGCACCGCACCCGUGUCGUCGUUGAUGCCGAACAGCGCCGGCAUCAGGCCAAUGCAGUUGGCUGGGUCGGUGAUGAGGUACGACUUGCCGCGGAUCUCCUCUGAGAAUUGGCAGGGCGGCAGCGGCAACUCGUCGAACCACUUGAGGAUGACGGCCUUGAGGUUUGGGUGGAUGGUGGUGCUGGCCUCUACCAUCUCUCUGGCCCUGUCCCGCAGCUCCUGUUGGUUGUUGGUCUUGGAGCUGUCGUCCCUCGCCGGCAGGUUGUUGCCCUUGACGAACGAGCGCUCGACGGGCGUGAGGCGGAAGAGCUCGGCGAUGGCACAGAAGCAGCGGGGCAGUCGGAGGGGCGGGGCCGGGCCGCCUCCGUUCUUCUUGACCAUCUCGAGGUAGUAGUAGAGGCCCUGCUUGAAGAGGAUGGCCCGCCCGUUGACGACCUUGAGGACGGCGGCCUUGCGCUGCUUGAUCAGCUUGUAGAUGGGGAAUAGGACGCAUUUGAUCCAGAUAAUGAUGCAGACGAUGAUCUUGGGGCAGAGGCACCAGAUGAUGAUGAUCAUGUCUGCAAAUAUCCACUUGACGUUCCACUGGUCGGUGACCCGCACCUGGCCGUGAGUGAGGUCGGCGUACUCGCAGAACCGGGGCAGGGUCACCUCCAGUGGGAUGGUGAUGUGGAUGUUCUGGAAGUGCUGGCGGGCGCUGAAGUGCAGCAGGUGGGCAAAGACCUGCAGGUAGCUGGCGAAGCCCUCAAAUCCCUACCGUGGCACCUCUCCAUGGGCGGCCUUGUUAACCCGCUGCGGGAUGAUGUCGGGGUGGCGGGUGCGGUGGCUCUGACGAUUUCUAAUCAGGGCCUUGACUUUGUCGGCCGAGGGGGGCGGCAUUAUGGUGGCUCAGGCGGGCUGAUGGCGGCGCUCCUUGGUUGAGUUGGUGGUGGUGGGGGCGAAGAGGGCUUUCUCUCACGCUCUCUGUGGCAGAAAAUAUCACUGGCUGUCGCUUGGACGCUUUGCGGGAGCCGCACGAGAGAGAAGGAUGCACCACA